AUAACGCAAAGUCAAUGAUCCCAACGGUCUUCAACAUUUCGAGUGCCAGUAGCUCGUGUUCGCAGCCUGGUCCUCGUUUUGAGCCAACCAUUACUGCAUGCAAGACCACUGGAUAUCUGGAUGCUGUUGCCAAUGACCCUGCAGAGCCGCAUCGAUAUUGGAGCGCACCCUCACGAACAAAGGAAACCCUGGUCGUCGCCGCCAGAGCAGAUAACUCUGGGACAUGGACACCACAUUCAGCCCAUUGCAAACAGCCUUGCGAAGCGUCUAGGAGUGUCGGAAGAGCCUGCAUCAGACACUUCUCUUGUUCACCGCAUAUCUCCACACCGUUCCAACCUUCUUUCUCGCAUUCAAGGCUGCGAAAUGCACGACAACGGCGACGCUAACAUUAACGGAAACGGCUCGGAAGGUGAAGACGAAACGGUGUUUAAUGCGGAACGGGUGCCUAUUUCGGAUUUCAUGGCUGAACAGUCGCCCUUUACCAGCCAAAAUGCAACAAAGACCUUUCACCUUUCUCGUUCUGCCACUCCCACCGUAAACUCUGGUUCGACACUGGUUCAGAUGUCGUCAGACCCACCCACCUCGAAUGGCAUUUCCAAUCCUAUUGCCAUUCAACGAAAGAGGGUAUUACAUGAAGAUUCCGUUCCUCCACGCGGUUCAUCGCAAAUCCACGCCGACAUUUCGCGUGUGACGCUGACAUCUGCUAUAUCGCGAAAUGCCAAGCUCAGACGAGGGUCUCAAUCGGAGGAUAUGGAUGGUUUGACGGACAAAGUAGAUGCUGUGGUCACGAAUGAAGUCAAUGAGCUGUUUCGGGAUACCCUACAAAAAGUCCAAACAGAACUAUGCGAACGGCAAGCAACUGCGUCAGACGAUGAAUCACCUGCGUCGGCAUUCUUGAAGGGCCUGCUUCCCUCUUUAAUGGAAGAAGCAAAAUCGCGUUCACAGUCUCUCGUUCCGUCGGUUCAUGCAACAGAACCAGAAAGACCAAAAGAUCUUCCUGCUGCUCCCAAAGCCAUGCUUACGAGCCCUGGCGUUCGUCUCGUCGAGUCCAUGCUGCAAGCAGGGGCUGACUUGACAUUACCAGACGAGGAACCAGAUAGCAUAAUGCAUGCUACGCGCAUGUCGCGUCCAUCAUCGUCCUAUCAUCGGAAAAACAUUCCCUCUCAUACUGUCCGUUCUGACAGCAGAACUACUCGCAGCUCUCAAGAUGAUGCUUCCUCGUCCAGACAUCGCCGGUAUACUUCUGAGCAUAAAAAUCGCUCGUCUCAUCAUUCAAAAUCACCUCGUCGCUCCUUCUCUCCGGCGAACCGAAAAACUAGUCGGUACGAUGCUCGUAGCCCUAGUCCCCGUCGCCAUCGGUCCCGUUCACCCCGCGCCUCCACUAAUAAGAGAUCUACUCGUUAUGACCGGAGUCGCAGCCCAUACCGAGGGCGUCCAGAAAAGAAAACUCAUCAUAGAGACUACUCUGAUCGGUCUCCUCGAAGAUACAGUUACAGCGACCGGAAUCACAGCGUAUCAUCUAAGCACGAGUCAACAAGAUACGAUCGAAGGCGCCAAGAUUCCGAAUACUCUCGGCGUCCAUACCGCGAAUCGCUAUCGCCAGAACGAGGAGUCCGAUCCCACCGUGAUUCCCAAUGGAUACCAGAAGACGAGACCGAACACAUGGUGUAUGAUGAACCAGAACCCAUGCACGAUCUCCAUGACGUUUCUGAUGUCCCGGGAGUGUGGGCUUUCCAGGUCUCUCGGGAUUUUCCAGACAUUUUGGAAUAUUCUUUCAAUGUUAGCGAGGAAAUUGCUGCAAAAUGGAAUCUCAUAAGAGAGAACAACUGGGUCAUGGCAGAAAGAGAAACAAGAGAUGAAUUGUUCUUACACCUUAUAUGUCUCCCUACUGCACUUGCUGCCCCGAUGCUUGAUUCUCUCUUAACAGAAAUAUCACAAGAACCAAAAACUCUUACAGAUGCUCUUUGGAGCAUACAGACAGAAUGGCCAGGGCGAGGAUCCCUUAUCAUUGAAAUAAAUCCUGGAAAACCAACAGGCAAAGUCUUUUUCCCUGGUGAUGAUCCUGUUCGUGACCCUGCCAUGACUUUUCUUGACAUUACUGACCCUAAGUCUUGUCAGCGUAACAUACACAAUCCUCUGGAAAUUACUCACACAAUUCGGGAAGGUGUGAAUACUAUUCGUUUUAUUCAGCUGGCGGACAUGGAUAAAUCAUUCUUCCUUCUUGCCUCUCAUCGAGAUAUUCCUACUCUUGAUUUGACAGCACUGGAUGAGAUUCUGCAAUUUCGGACGCCAUGACUUACCCAUUGUUCAUUCCGCAUUACUUAUCAUUAUUGCGUUGUGUUUGCUUUAUCAUAUGUAUAUCAGAGUACCUAGUAGUAAUCUGUAGUUAUAAUUGAGCCUUAGAUCAACAGAAGUGG